UCACAAAGAAUCACAAAAAGACGGGAAAACUCCCCAAUCUGUGGAAUUUCCGGAGACGAGAGCUCAUUCAUCAGCCAGAUAAAGUAGCGGUCAGCAUGCCCAAGCUCAAGAAUCUUUUGCCCACAAUCUUUGGCAGUAAGGAGGGCCAGAACGCUGAAGAAGGACGACUGGAAAAGGAUGCAGCUCCCGUGGACGACAGCGAGGGAGAUAACAAUAACAGUGGGGCGCUAUCGCUGCCUUCCAGCACCACUCCAACAGCGUCAGCAGAUCUCACAGAGUCCGUGAUUCGGGAGCUCAGCGACCCCAACUAUAACUCCAUGGACGUGGUGCAGUCGGCCAAUAUUCCCGGGCCAUUGAGCGCAGCCCAAACGAACAACACGAUGAACGUGCACAGUGCCCAGCAACAGGUGGUUAUGAACUUUUCGAAUGCCAGCAACCUGCACUUUGGCUCUGUUUACAACUUUAACCAGAAUCUGAGUGCCUCCAGCUCUCGAAAGAGCAGUGUAAGUGCCACAGAGGAGGGGGCUGCCACACCAGACUGCAAGCGGUCAGCCGCGACCCGAAAAACGGUAACCAUCGUUACCAUGAUGCAGUCGCAGGAGGAGCCGGAUGUACGCUUGUUAGACGCGGUGGCCACGCACUUAGGUGAGGGAUGGAAGCAGGUCAUGCGCGAUCUAGGCCAGUCCGAGGGGCAGAUCGACCAGGCGAUAAUCGACCAUCAGAUGCACGGAAAUAUCCGCGAGGUGAUUUACCAGCUCUUGCUUCAGUGGGUGCGCAGCUCUGAGAAUGGGGUAGCCACCGUCGGACGACUCACCACGCUGCUGUGGGAGUCCCAGCAUCGGGAUUGCGUGCAGCGCAUGAAGCUGGUUUGGAAGGCACUGGAAAAGCGCAAGACAAACAGCUAGAUCAUUUGUGGCAUUUGUCUAAAAUGAUUCCAAUCGAAAACGAAAAUUUGGGAGCAGCCUCCAGAUGCCGAAGUAUGUCGGAGAC